CUGCACUCAGAAAGCAUAUGACACAAUUUGUCAAAGCGGCGAACUCAAAUAUUAAGGUUUAAUUUCAUUGGCUCGCCCAGCCUCAUACGUACUAUUCCUGCCUCUUUUUGUCCAAUAAUAAAAACCGCAGAGACCAUGCUGUCAUUUGUUAAACGUGCAUUAACAGCAGUUUUAUACCGCAAUUUCAAUGCUGAAUCCCAUUCCUCCUCUUCUUCUACUGCUUCUCCUUCUUCUGCUCCUGAUUCGGCCACCCCCUUUGCCAAUGAGAAAACUGAAGAAUUAACAGGCACACGUGUUGCGCAUUCUGCCGCUGCUUUAAAUAAAGCUUAUAACGAUUCUACGCAAAUGCAAGAAAAUUUGACGAGCCAACGAUCUGGAUCGCAGACAAGCUUGUCAGAAGCUGGGCCACGCAAGAAACUACCCACAAAAUCAGGGACGACGACGACUAACUGGAAUAGCAAAGAAAGCAUCAGAAAUAAAAGUAAAGCACGAUCCGAUGUAUCAAAGAAACGUGCUCGCGCAAACGAUGAUUAUAGUGACGGAAAUUCAAAAUACAAUGAAUUACAUCAUCAUGAAGAAAGAAUAUCACCAAAGCGCAAAAGAGCCAAAUCUAAAAACAAACAAGAAGCUGAAGACGUCGAAAAAGCUUUAGACGCUAAUAAGGCAAAAGAAGCUAGAAGGAACAGAGAGAUUAAAAAGGCCGUAGAGGGUGAAAAGGCAGAAGAAGCCAGAAAGGCAAGAGAAGCGAAAGAAGCUGUAAACGCUAAAACUGAAGAGGCGCAAGAAGAACCAACAAAAGUGUUUCGGUUUUAUUGCCCAUACAAAAAUUGUGCAAAAGGAGAAGAUCAACGGCAUAUCAUCUUGACGCACAUCCGCAAACGCCACAAUGCAAAUUUCCCGCUUUGCAAACAUAUGAAUUUCUUCAAAACCAGCUCUGGGAAGAUCAUCAGCUUUGAUGAUAGCUCACGUAAUGCGUUGGAUGAACAUGAGAAGGUGGUUUCCGAAAGAGCAGAUGCAUAUUGCUGCCCAUACGAAAAUUGUCUCGUGACAGAAGUCGAGGAAAAAAUGAUUUACAAUCAUAUUCAACUCGAGCAUGAUCCAUACUUACCCAAUAUAUGCAGCAUGUCAACAUAUUGUUUCUCGACACCCUCAGGAGAGAUUAUAUAUUUCAAUGAAAGAUCCAAAAACUCAUUGAAGGAUAUUGAUAAGAUUGAAGUGAAAAAGAUUGACAGAAGAACACGUGAGACGCUGUAUUUACAUUGUCCGUACAAACGAUGCCAAAAGACGUACAAUGUCCGCCAUCAGCUGUAUUGUCAUAUUCGCGAAGCUCAUUUCCCAAAGUUAAGAAGUAUGGGAAAGGGUCGAUGGACGCUUCCUUACGAAACACUUUAUGGAAGGGUUGUAAAUUUCAGCAUGAGCUGCAUUGAUUUACUUGAAGAAAAUGAGCCGCUUUUACUUGUAGGUCGCACAGAUGUAUCAGAAUCAAUUUAUCCCCAGCAAAACGUCUCAGCUACAGAUAGAAUGGAAGGAGGAGAGCAAGAAAAAGGCGUGGAAGUGGCACCAGCAGAUGAGCCGAUCGAAGAGGCAGAAGGACAAGAAGAGGUUGAAGAAAAAGAAGAAGAGGAAAUAUACGUUCACCUUAAAAGAGUGGAUCCAGCCCAGUACAAUGGAUUAAAAUAUGUUUUGACAACUGGGCCAGAAGGAGCUGUGGAUGAAGUGGACAAGAAUUUACUGGCUGCCGGUCAAGAUCUUUUAGUGGGACUCACAACUAUGUACCGCGGAGAGUUGGAAAAGUACAUACGUAAAAGGGCACAGGGACAGGCACACGCAAACAACUUGUAAACAUGUAUAUCUUUUAUGACCACAUAAAGCUGCUGCUACUACUGCAUAUUCCCUUUAAAAUCUCGUUAAAAGGAAUGCACUGUUACUCGAGUUAUG